UCUCCGUGUCGAUGUCCAUCUCCACGCCCUACUUGAUGUCGUUCCCCUACGUGAGUUAUCAUCUCGUCUCACAUUUCUAUCACGACUCCACCUUGACACUGCUAUUGGUCGUGUCGGAUGGAUGUCUGACUGUAACGUUGCUCUGCAGGUGUAUGAUGGCUCUGCGCAGCCACUAAUGUCCGACUCAUAUGAGUCUGUGCUGCCACCGGCGUACGCCGUCUCCCAAGCCUCGGCUUUCCAACAGUCGGUCUGUUCGCCGCCAUACAGUCCUCGACCGUUGCCCCGGCCACCUAAUGUCGCCUCUAUACUGUCGCCGAUACAGUCACCUAGGCCUGCGAGUUCGCCGAUUGACCUCGCUGCUCUGUAUGACGACGACGCCCCAGACCCGAUCCUACCGCCAAAUGAUGCAUACUCAUUCGUCCCCUCGGGCUCGGAUUCAGAUUCAGAUUCAAAUUCGGGCUCGGAUCCGGAUUCAGAUGUCACCCUACACGAUGAGCCGCUACCUGAAGUGCGUCCUACACUACAACUCGGCCCCACAGAAGCUGUCGACAGCACGCUCUCACCUGUGGAUCCGGCAUUCCUCGGCAGCCUCGAUAUCGACCUUGUAGCUUCACCCCUCGACGCAUGGGCAGAUGUUUGCUAUGCCGACUCGGUCCUGGAAGAUAAUGCUAGUGAAGACGACGAAACUGGAGCCGGACAGGACUCGCCACACUUUCAACGACCUGAGAGUCGGCAUGCGUUCGCGAGCCGCGUUCACUCUCCGCACACGGGCCACUCCGUGAUCGAGUACGUUCCGCUUCCUCUGUCGACGUGCACGCUCGGAUCUACAGCGCCGAACACAACCGCGAAGCCAGUGUCCCCGCCACCCCUUCCGUCCUCCCCUUCCUCUCCUCCGCUUUCGUAUUCCCCUUCCUUAUCACGCUCUACGCCGACGCUCGCUUCUCCCCGUGCCCGUCGUGCACCCUUCUCCCUGGACACCAUUCGCUCGCAGUCCCCACUCACGUCCGAGUCAGACGAUGACGGAGCGCAUGCAGACGACGAGGGCGACGGGGGUUACGGGCAUAUGAACGACCCGCACUUAGGCCUUCGGGGCUGGACGCCUCCACGCGUAUGGACGGGGUACGAGAUGUGGGUGCCCGUGGCGGAUGUCGAGGAGAAGGUCACCGCGCUGCAUCUCGACUUCGGCGCUCAGCGCAGGGCGGACGGGCGGGAGAAGGGAGACCUGGAGCAGGUGGCACUACCGCAGCGUGUGCAGUUUAAUAUGCGCCCGACGUCGCCUGUGCCCGGCUACCCGCUCUUGUUCAGCCGCGAGCCGCCGAAUCCUGCGGAUUCGGUACAUUUCUUCCCGAAGAGGUGUAGAGAUGAGGAGGGCGAGGAUGAAAAGCCGAAAAGAGAGAAGAGCUUCUCAAGGAGGGUUGCAAGCCUUUUUCGAUGAGGUGGGGUUGGCUUGCGGGUCGGGGUUGAAUAGAUCGUCGGUGCGACAGCCUGCGCGCACUCCAGUCGUCUAUCUCGCAGCACUCCCGCUGCGCAUGUCCGUCUUUCACCACCUCACAUUCAAAUCCUCUCAAACGUCAAGACUUCACGAUUCACGACUCGUCACCAACGAUGACUCUGUCUACGUGCGCGCUCGUACAGACGCUUGGUCGCUGAGCUGUCGCUUGGCUAUCUCUUGUUCGCCGCCGCUGGAAGAC